AUGUUGGACAAUUCUUAUUUGAAAAGUGGCAAAAUCUUCGGUCAAAUAGUGUGCAGCUUUCGGUACGGUCGAAAGGAGGAUGAAGUGAUGGGAUUGUGUUUUCAGAAAGACAUGUACUUGGCAUCGGCACAAAUAUAUCCUCCUCUUGAUAACGACAACCCAUUCAAGUUGACUAAAAUUCAGGAUUGUUUAGUGUCUAAAUUAGGAAGUAACGCGACGCCGUUCCGUUUUAAAAUUCCCGAGAACGCACCGGCAUCGGUAAUUUUGCAAGACGGGACAUCGAAUUUAGCCGAUGCAUGUGGUGUCCAGUACUACGUGAAAAUAUUCGCCGGAGAAUCUGAAACCGACCAUAACCGUGCAAAGAGUUUCGUGGCGAUGCGCAUCCGCAAAAUCCAGUUUGCUCCGGUCAUGCGUCCCUUGAGUAGACAUCCUUGCACCAUCGUCCGCAAAGACUUCAUGUUCAGUCCUGGCCAACUGGAAUUGGAGGCUGUACUCGACAAACAGGUCUACACGCAUGGCGAAAACGUUCAAGUGACGUUAUGUAUACGAAACAGCAGCAACAAAAUGGUGAAAAAAAUCAAAGUGCUCAUGCAACAGAUCGUGGAUAUAGUCAUAUUCCAAAACGGACAGUGCAGGACCACUAUAGCCGCCGUCGAGACUCAGUGA